AUGUCGUCAAUAACUUAUGACAAUAAUCAAAUUCCAUUACAACAAGCUGCCACAGCACCACCACAACCACAAAGAUAUAUGAAUCAAGGUCGUCGUCGUGGUGGUGUUUUGGGGGGCAAUAAUUCUAAUUUUGGGGGCAAUAAUUCUAACUUUGGGGCCAAUAACAAUAAUUUUUAUAAUGGGGCCAAUAAUGAUAAUUUUUAUAAUGGGGCCGAUAAUAAUUUUUAUAAUGGGAGCAAUAAUUUUAAUAUUAAUCGUAGGAACAAUCAAAUAAAUUAUGGAGGCAAUCGAUAUCGUAAUUAUCGAAAUUAUCCGAACAGGCGUAUGCAAAAUAUAAAUAGAAGAUUUUAUCCUCGAACUUUUAAUCGUCGAAAUAAUUAUCAGCCACAACAAUAUUAUUAUGGCUAUGGUAUUAUUAAUCAACCGGUAGUUCCACAAGGAAGUUUUUAUCGAAGAAUAUCGAGAAAACCAGCAAGUCAAAAUCGACCAAGAAGUCAUUCCAAUCAACGGCGAAGUCGAUCAAUGCAACAGCGCCAACGUGGUCCAAGGCAAUUAAGAUUAAAUGAUUUUAUGCCACCACGAUUACGCGAUCCUUCACCAGAUACUCGAAAUCUUCCUUCAGAUUUUAAUUUGGCAACAGAGACAACUGCAAAUAUUCCACUUGAUGCAUUACCACAACGUGAAAUUUUUAGAAAUAAUACUACACAACCAUUUGUAGUUAAUCAAAAUGAACAAGAAAAUCAACGACAACAAAAUACAACGUCAUCCUUUAGACGUCGUCAACGUCGAAAUCGACAAAAUAAAUUUGUUCAAAAUAAUCGUUUUUCUCCACUUGUUGAUAUGCAAAGUAUUGAUCAAAAUGAAAUUGAUUUAACUAAUGAAGAAUCAGCACAAUAUAAUAUAAAUAUUAAAAAGAAUAAGAAAUCAAAGAAAACUCGACUUUAUCUUGAACCAAAUAGAAUGUUAAGAUGGUUUGAAGAUAAAUUUAAAAAUGAUGUAAAAAAUCCAUUAAAUAGUCGUGGUAAUCAGACUUUUUUAUUAGCAACAGCUUCAAUUUAUGAUGAAUGGGUUAGAAAUAAUUAUGAAUUACAAAUUUGGCAAACAUAUUUAAAGAUGGGCAUAGAGCAAAAACAUUGGGCUAAAGAAGUCGUUCAACGUACAAAGAAACGUGAUAAUAUAAUAAAUACUCGUUUUGUACAAAAGAAAAUUAAUCGACUAACUGAAAAUAUUGUUCAAGCUACUGCCACCAUCUCAGAUUUACAAAUUCAAUUAACCACAUAUUGGGCACAAGUUAAUGCUGAAAAAUUAACUACAACAAUAGCUGAAAAUGUUGCAACUAUUGUAUGUGAAAAAAUAAAUAAUAAUAAAAAAUCAACUACUGCUACUACAACAACUGCUGCAGCAGCAACAAGUCCUACAGCAACACCAUCACCUACAAUUACAACAACAAAUACUCUUAAAAAUCAAGUACGCGAUCCUAUAGAACGAUUAGAAAAAUAUAUAUUAGAAUACAUUCGUACAUAUACACAACACGUGAAGAAAAUGGCUGAAAAUAAAGUUCAAUUAGCUAAAGCUCAAUUCGAUGAAUUUAAAGCUUUAGAAGAAUUUGAACAAAUAGCUACUCCAUCUCAAUGGAAUAUUCAUUUAGCUUUAAAACCUAAAGUAAAACUUUGGUCGACUAAAAAUAAAAAUUAUUUGGCAGUUCUUAAACGUGUUGAAUAUGAUAUGCCUCCAAAAUUUAUUGAAAAAGUGGAUUUAUCAUUUAAAAUUGAUGAAUCUAUUAUUAAUCAAGAUGAAGUGCAAGCGACAUAUAAUCAAAUGCGUCAAAUUACGAAAGAAUUUCGUACACAAGCAAUGACAUUAUAUGUACAAUCGUUAGGUAGAGAAAAUGAAUUAUUAUCAAAUGAAAUUAAACGUGUUGUUGAAGGCUUUCCUCAAGAAAAUGAUGAGGGUUUUGAUGCCGAACCUGGACAUGCAGCAUUUAAACAGUUUCACGAUUUACGUGAAAAACGAUUAAAUUUAGAAGCUGAACAAUCGAUUUAUUUUUUAUCCGAAGAGCGAGUCGAGGGCGACACAAACAAUCAAGAAGAAAUUAUUGCCCCGACUCUAGAAGAACAUCAACUAUUAAAAUUAGGCCCUCGGUUUAUUUAUAAUGACUCGAAAACGGCAUCUCGACGACGUACAAUUGAGUUGGCUACUCUUAAACGAAAAAUUGAAGCUCGCUUCUUUGAAAAGAAAGUUAGCCCCGGUCGUCCAGUCGAACAAUUUAUCGCCGAAUUAGAUAUUAUGCUUCAGAAAUUACAUAAUACCCCUGUUAAUUAUCAAAAAUUAAAAACGAUAUUAGCACAAAAUAAUACUAUUUAUAAUAAUUUAAUUUCUACUAUACAAUCAAGUCAAUCUCAGAAUAUUAAUUCUCGAAUGAAUAUUAAAAAGAAGAAAAACUAUGGGCGAUUAAUUAAACGUUUAAAACAUAAGCUUCAUUUAAAAAAUAUUGUUCUUCAAAAAUCUGAUAAGAAGAAAGUAUUCCAUUUAGGCAAACUUGAAAAUUAUUAUAAAAAAUCAAAAGAAUAUAUGGAGAAAACAAAAGCCUACAAAUGUUUAGGUACUGAAGAUCCAUUACCUGAUUUAAUUUGUCGUACUAAUAAAUAUUUAUUAGAUUUACGAUUAGCCAAGUGGAUUACUCAGAAACAAUAUGAAAAAUUAUGUAUUAAUCCAAAUGAAGUUGAACUUGCUCAUUUAUAUUAUUUACCUAAGGCACAUAAGCCUGGUACUCCUCUUCGUCCAAUUAUAUCUGGUCUGAAACAUCCAACGGUCAGAAUUUCAAAAUUUCUUGAUGAGUCACUUCGACCUUUAUUUGAUAAAAUGGCUUUAAAGUUAACUGUAACUUCUGGCUUCGAAUUAGUUAAACAGUUGCAAAAUUGGUCCAAAGAUAAUAUGCAUCAAGAAACAUUAUUUUGUACUAUUGAUGUAGCAGAUCUUUAUACAAUGGUGCCACAAAUUGAAGGAAUACUUUCAUUAAAGAAAAUGUUAGACCAUUUAAAAUUAAAACAAGUUGGUGGUCUUAAAAUUGAAACUAUUAUUAGAUUAAGUCGAUUUGUCAUGCAAAAUAAUUAUUUUUCUUAUAAUGGCCAAUACUAUCAUCAAAUUCGUGGAGGAGCUAUGGGUUCUCCUCUUACACUAACUGUUGCUAAUUGUUAUAUGUUCUUUUAUGAACAACAAAUUAUAAGACAAAUUAACAACAGUGGCGGAUUAUAUUUUAGAUAUAUUGAUGAUAUUUUUAUAGCAAUUAAUUGGCCGGCUCGACAUUUAUUUAAACAAAUCGAUAGAUGGAAUCAUUUUGAUGAAAAUAUUAAAUUAUUUGAAAAUAUUGGUUCAACUGCUGAUUUUCUUGAUUUACAUAUGGAAAACCAAGAUGAUCAGUUAUUUACUACAGUAUAUCAAAAGCCGUCUUAUGAAUCAUAUUACUUGCCGUUCAAUAGUGUACAUCCAUUGCAUAUGAAGAAAAAUAUAGUCUUUACUAUGUUUCUUCGUACUAUUAGAUACUGUUCAACUUUUCAAGCAUAUUUGAAUGAACGUGAAAAACUACGAAUGGCAUUAUUAUUAAAUAAAUAUCCAAAUAAGAUUAUUGAUGAACAAUUUAAAUAUGUAUUAUUAAAAUUUAAUAUUGGACAGCCAUUGGAUUCUAAUAAUUAUAAUUUAAUUCGUCGAAAAAUUAUAGAGACACCAAUAAAAGAAAAAGUACCAGUGGAUUAUGGAAAGACAAUGUUUGUCCAUUUUACCUUUUGUUCAAGUAUGAAAACAUUCCCAAAAAAAUUCCAUACCCUCUGGGAUAAAUAUUUUGGCGAAUCUCCUAUCAAUGAAGUUUUACCCGUUUUAGGUACACGUAAUGUUAAUAAUUUACAAAGACGAUUAGUCCAUACUAGAUCUACCGUAUUUUCAGAAUGA